AUGUCUCCCACUGGACCUCGCGCUGCCUUCCUCCUACUGCUGUUGCGUACAGUUCUGGCCGUGCCCCUGGAGCGGGGGCCUGCCAAGAAGGAUGAGAGCCCCGCGACCGAGAGCCCCGACACAGGUCUGUAUUACCACCGGUAUCUUCAAGAGGUCAUCAAUGUGCUGGAGACGGACGGGCACUUCCGGGAGAAGCUGCAGGCUGCCAAUGCCGAGGACAUCAAGAGCGGAAAGCUAAGCCGGGAACUGGACUUCGUCAGCCACCACGUCCGCACCAAGCUGGAUGAACUCAAGCGGCAGGAAGUGUCACGACUACGGAUGCUCCUCAAGGCCAAGCUGGAUGCUGAGCAGGGACCCAAUGUCCAGGUGGACCACAUGAGCCUCCUGAAGCAGUUUGAACACCUAGACCCUCAGAACCAGCACACAUUUGAGGCCCGAGACCUGGAGCUGCUGAUCCAGACGGCUACCCGGGACCUUGCCCAGUAUGAUGCUGCCCAUCAUGAAGAAUUCAAACGUUACGAGAUGCUCAAGGAACAUGAACGCCGCCGCUAUCUGGAAUCAUUGGGGGAGGAGCAACGGAAAGAGGCAGAGAGGAAGCUGGAAGAGCAGCAGCGCCGGCACCGAGAGCACCCCAAAGUCAACGUGCCGGGCAGUCAAGCCCAGCUGAAGGAGGUGUGGGAGGAGCUGGAUGGACUGGACCCCAACAGGUUUAACCCCAAGACUUUCUUCAUACUGCAUGAUAUUAACAGUGAUGGCGUCCUGGAUGAACAGGAGCUGGAGGCCCUCUUCACCAAGGAGCUGGAGAAGGUGUAUGACCCAAAGAAUGAGGAAGAUGACAUGCGGGAGAUGGAAGAGGAGCGGCUGCGCAUGCGGGAACACGUGAUGAAGAAUGUGGACACCAACCAGGACCGCCUCGUGACCCUGGAAGAGUUCCUUGCAUCCACACAGAGGAAGGAGUUUGGAGACACGGGUGAAGGCUGGGAGAGAGCCCUCUGCUCAGAGGCUGGGCCAUGGCUGGGCUUAACCCCAGUGAUGGCCUCUUUCCGGUCCCCACCCCAGACAGUAGAGAUGCAGCCUGCCUACACAGAGGAGGAGCUGAGGCGUUUUGAGGAGGAACUGGCCGUCCGGGAGGCAGAGCUAAAUGCCAAGGCCCAGCGCCUCAGCCAGGAGACAGAGGCUCUGGGUCGUUCCCAGGGCCAUCUAGAGGCCCAGAAGAGAGAACUGCAGCAGGCGGUUCUGCACAUGGAGCAGAGGAAACAACAACAACAACAACAACAACAACAACAGCAGCAGCAGCAAGCUCUCAAUGCCCCUGCCCCCGGCCCUGAGGGGCAACUCAAUUUCCAUCCUGAAACAGAUAACAUGCCUGUCCCAGCUCCAGCGGAUGACCAAAAAGACGCGGACACUUCAGAAAAGAAAGUUCUUGAACAGCCACAACUAGACUCCCAGCGCCUGUGA